AAUUUUGAUUCCGUUUUCGGCUGCUUUCACAUUCAAGACUUUUCACAACAAAACGUUUAGCAUUAUUUGUAUAUUUUCAUUCUAUUUAGUGCUUGGAUUUAUCCAAAAUUAGAGUAUUAUGGCAGAUGAUCUUCAAAACUAUAAGCUGCAAUUACAACAAGUGGAAGCAGCUUUGCUCACAGAUCCGCAAAACUCGGAGCUACUUAAGCUCAAACAAGAUUUGGAGGAAGUGAUCGAUUUGACAAAAGAUUUAAUCCGGGCGCAGCAGGAAGCCGAACAGAAGAAAAGUGCGUAUGUAGAACCGGCAAGCACUAGUUAUUUUGAAGGUUUCUCGGCCGCAGAGAAGAAACAGUCCAAACCCACCGUCAUCUGGAAGGUAGGCGACAAGUGUUCAGCAAAGUGGAUCGAGGAUGGGCAAUAUUACGAUGCCACAAUCGAAGCCAUUACGGACAACGGGGAGGUGAGCGUUGUGUUUGAAGCGUAUCAAAAUCGGAGCACAACUGUUGUGGGGGAACUUAAAGAACGAAAAAUUAGGAAUGAAGUUUUUCCGUCGAACAGCAAUAAACGAAUGCGACCUAACCAGAAAGAGUAUCUCAAGAAGAAAAAACAGAAAAAACAACAGCGAUUCAAGGAACUGGAAGAGGAACGUGAAACGGAGAAAAACAAGUGGCUCCAAUUUGCAGCAAAGAACACCAAAAAGACUGGUGUCAAAGGCAAGAGCAUAUUCGCUUCACCGGAAAAUGUAAACGGACGUGUUGGUAUCGGAACCUGUGGUGUUUCGGGUAAACCGAUGACCGAGUUUUCUCACGGUGAAAAAUAUCGAAAGGGUGUAUAGACGAGUGAGAUUUGUAAGGUAAGCAUACUUUUUCUAGCAUUAAACUUUAAUGGACUUACUGUGCUGCAUUGGAAUCCCAUAAAAAGCCCGCCAUUCAUUUUUAUGCCGGUAAAUUGAAAUCUAUCUAUCUAUUG